ACAAGAAAUUUUUUUAAAAAAAUAAAUUUUGGGGUGACCUAAACAAGGCCUCAACGCAUGGACAAAUUCGCUGUGCCUUGGAGUCCCCCAUGCAGGUACAUGGUGCACGCCAAACAUACAGCAUCGAUCCGCCCAUCGUCUGAGCUAGCAGAGUGUUGUUGGGCGGUCAAGACACGACCUUGCCAGUGUUCGUGUUCUUGGGCGGUGAAGACCCGGUUUUGCUGUAGCCUGUAGGCCACCGAGCAAUAAUGCCAAACUGCCAACACAAGGUGAUGAAGGUGACAACCCCAUCUUGCUUGGAAUUGGAAAUCACCACCGAUAAUCCCACAUAUAUAUAACCAGCGGCACACUCUUGCAUUUGCAUUUCUUCAAUAAUCCCACGUAUGAACAAGGUCCUCUCAUCGAUCAUGGCGUCCUCCUCCUCCCACCCCGCUCUCCACGGGGGCGAACCUUCGUCGCGCAUGGAGCUAGUACUACUACUCGUCUCCAUGGUCCUCGCCUUGUCGUGCUCCACCUCCGCCUCGGCCAUCGAUGGCCGCAACCUCACCGCCGGGUUUGUCCAGGUGAACCUCACGGAGAGCAACUUCAAGGUGCAGAGACCCUACGACAUGCCGGAGAACCAACGGUACAGCUACGACAACGCCACCGGCGUGCGCACCUUCUUGGUCUACGCCGGCGACAAGCCCUUCAACAACGUCACCACCACCAAUCCCCGCACCGAAGUCCGCCUCGCCGGCCACGACUACUCGUCGGGGGUGUGGCAGUUCGAGGGCUACGGGUACGUGCCGACGGGGACGUCCGGCGCGUCGGUGAUGCAGAUCCACAACGAGCAGGGCGCGGCGCACGCCACGGUGCUGAUGCUGCACGUCUACAACGGCGCACUGCGGUACUACAGCGGCGAGGUCGUGGAGGACCGCAUCUACGACCGGUGGUUCCGCCUCAACGUGGUGCACGACGUCGGCGCGUCCACGGUGGCCGUCUACGUCGACGGCCGCCGCAAGUUUGGCAAGAGCGUCGUCCCUAGUGCUUCUUACUACUUCAAGUUCGGGGUGUACAUGCAGCACCACGACGUGUCGCCGCUCAUGGAGUCGCGCUGGAGGAACGUCACUGUAUACACGACGAACAGCACCGCGAGCGCGACGUGUCGCCGCUCAUGGACUUCGCGCUGGCUACUACUACUAGCUAUAGCCUUCUACUGGUCAGUAGAGUAAUCUACAUUUGAGUUGAAAUUUAAAACGGUUUCAAA